GGAUGACCCUCCCAGGCGGCGUCUCCUCAGGUGUGCUGACGCUUCGCCAUGCAUCGACAGCUGAUAAACAAAAUACGAAGUCGAAUGGGUUAUCUCACGACGAGGUGGUCAAGAAUAAUGAUCCGCUUGAAGAUGUGCCACCCCCUGUACUAUCCUGCACGACGAACAAGACGAAAAACUACAACGCGAAGCCUUCUAGUACGCGAAGCUCGUCCAACAAGGACGCCUUUCCCGCACUCUUCCUCAACCGGGGUAGCGCGUUUUUACUGCUGAUUUUGACGGGCUUGCAAAUUGUGGUUCUUUUAUGGGUGUAGGGAAUCCAUCUCCAAAGUCAACAUCUGAAAGAACAAGACUGGAGCUAAGAGGCACCCAAAUGAUCCCUGGGAUGAAUUUCCUAUCCCUCUAACUCUUUUGCACUAUCUGGGCACCAAGUCGACUGUCUUCCGCCUCCUGCGAUCCUCUAGGUGGUUGUUCUUUGGGCAAACGGGAGAGGAUCGCUCAAGAGGACUAUUCAUGAGAAACCCUAUCAGCAUCUUACUUCCAGAACGGGAGAGUACUCGACAAGUAGAGCAGAGUAAACAAGAAGCAGCAAAAGUGUUGGACUCGGAACAGUCGGACACUCGGCAUGCAGUAGUAUCUCCACCACUUCCGGAGCUGGUGCUAGAACUGGCAUUUUUAACGCUGGUUUACUCUACAUGGUUUCUCGUGUCGAAUGGAAUGUGGCUUUCCUACUUUCGAUCAAGGCCAUGGUGGAACUCACUGAGGAAUAGACCUGGCUUCGUCUGUGCAAAUCAUCAAGCGGAAUUGGUAUUUUAGGCCUACCAUCGAUAAAGUUAGGACAAAAAUGAACCACGACCUUGCAGAAAUACACUCUCGUGCUGGCAAGAAAACAAGUGAAAAUUCUUUAAACUUCUGCCAAAAUCUCCCAAUCUUUUUAACUUCUCUUUGACUUUACUAGAUUAUGUGCAGUACUUUGGCGCCGCACCAUCUUUUGGCCGGAUUGCUUCACAUUUACGGGUAUACGACUGGUGAUGUGGACUUCAUUCGGCAUGGCAUUUUGUGGGAGGCCGCUUUCAAUCUACAUGACUACAUCUGCAUCCUUUUCCACUGCUUUCCGUACAACAACUACUUCCGCGCGGAUCAUGCUGUCAGAAAAAUAGGAACUACAAAGGGUGUUGAGGUACCACCUCGCGGAACUUCUUCUACAACGACGACGACAGGAAAUGCACGGAUAAUUACGGCUUAAUACCGUAAUUCAUCUCAAGGGGCAUCUUUGCGCCCCUUUUUAAGGGAAAAGCACGGCAAAGAUUCUUUCCAGGAAGAUGAAUACUGGUAACAAGGUCUAAGAUAAUCGUGUGGGUGACACGGCGAUUUCCUGGCGGUGUAUGGGCGUGUCUUGUCCACCAUUUUGGAGCCUUGUGCUUCGGUCUCUUUGCUAUCCGCAGUGAUCUUCUCUACCGCGAGGACAUGCAACGCAUCUGCAUCGCACCGGAGGCUGCUGCUGGUGUCGCUCUUGCCAUAUUGGCCUUUCAGUACACGUGUGAUUUUCGGACGCACAUUGUGCAUGUUUUCGUUGCGAAUGCUCUGAACACAGUGGUCUUCGGUGUCACUCGGGGUCUCGAGUUUCCUUAUUUCGCUCUUUCGCUUUUUGCGCACUUACUCCGGUCCACGGACUGGAGCCCCUUGAUGUUUGGAAAGGAUUUAGAUUUGUUUUGCAGCACCACGACGAGUCGAGCUGCUUCAUCUGCGUCUUCAGACCAGCAUAUAAUAUUGCACCAGCAGAGUACCUCGACGUCUUCCUCCCAUCUUCCACUGGAGACUACAAGAACAAUCAUGACAGCGCCGUAUCCAAUGGUGUUCACGCUGGGCGCUGGCUUGAGCAUACUCGGGUUUUCGAUUUUUAAUCUUUACGCAGGCUGGAAAUCUACCAAACGGGUACUUAAGAUCAAUACCAUGUUCG